AUGCGCAAAGUCUCGACUAAAAAUCGCUCCAACACCUGGGAAUGUUCCCUCAAACUUGAUGAUGUUGAUAAUCAAUUACAGGACAGUCAAGUUCGAUGUAAUUAUUUAGCUGAAGAUAAUGAAAAAUUAUUGGAACAAUUACGUCAUCAACGUCAACAGCUUGAAGAAGAAAAAUUAUUAAAUGCACAACUUGCUGAACAAUUAACAUCGGAAUCAUCACGUAAAAUGUUUUCUCAUACAUUGAUUAAUACAGAAAAUAUUAUAAAAACUUCUGAAAUACGUAUUCAAGAUCUUGAUGCACAAGUUCGCGCAUUAAAAUUAGAAAAUGAAAAACUUAAACAUGAAAAUGACGAAUUACGAGAACGUGCUGUCGCAUCUGGUAUUGAUGAAGGUCGACGAUUAAUGACUCAUCAAGGUUCAUUAUCAUAUGCUGCUGAACUUGAAGUUCUAUCAAAAGAUGAGUUGAUGAGCAAAUUAAGAGAACAGCUUAUGGCUAACGAUCGUCUACGUGAAUAUAUUGAACGAAUGUUAAGUGUCAUCAUCGAACAUAGUCCUCAAUUACUUGAAGUUACAAUGAAUGCUGGUGCACAUGUUGGUUCUAUUGGAAUGCCAACAAGUCCACAAAGACAAUCAUUAAAAAUAUCAACGAAAGAAAUAGAAAAUAAAUCUAUCCCUCCUGAACCAUUAAAAACCACUGAGUCGACAAAAAGUGAUUCAUUAUCUACAUCGACUACAACAAAACAAUCAAAUGACAAGUAUUGUCACCUGUAA